AUGCCGCAGACACCAGCCGCAUGUUCCACGAGCGGCCCAUCCUCAUCAGAGAGGAAUGCCCACUGCCUGUUGUCCCUUCCGGCAACAGCCACACCUGUCAGUCUAGGGGCAAACCAGGCGACGUCCGGGUCUGCAAGCAGUCCAGCACGACCUGACACAAAUGGUUCAGCGGUCCGUAACCGAGGCUCCUCCUGGUACCAACCAUCAGUGACCAGUCGUGGUUCAUUCAAGUCAAAUGAAUCUAAUACACCAGGCGGAAUCAAACACCACUAUUCUACAGAAUUGAAGCAGUCCCCAGCACCAUCCGUUAUUCCAGCCACGGGAUCCCGUAGAGGUAGAGGACCUUCGAGAUCUGAUAAUGUCACAUCCAACUCCAAGGACAAAACAGCCUCGAGGGCCCAGUCCCUCCCAUCAAAAUACGCAGAACCACCUUAUGGUGCCGUUGGAAACUCGAAGCAGAUUUGGUAUUCGACUGUCGAGAGUGCUCGGAAGAAGGGAGGGAGAUCUCUCUCACGUGUUCAAGCAGAUUCGCUCCCCCGCCAAACAAUCCCUUCAGAGACACUAAGAACGCGUCUCUCAACAUAUUCUCAGGUAAGUUUGCCCGUCCCAGACUGUGACCAAGAAAAUUCCCUUGUCCCACCCAGUCUUGACCUAAAUGAAGCUUCAGAUGACCACUUACAAGGUUGGGUUGUUUUGCUUCGGCCAGAAACUUUCUGGCAGCCUCUACUUGAUGGAGAAGAGGACACCCCGCACAUCCAUGGGGGACUGUCUUUCGUUCCCCUUCGAUUGAAGGAUGAUGCUCCAAAUGACCCGCAUGCUGAUUCAGGUGCAACCCGACCUGCUGGUGGAGGCAACCAAGUGACCGUUCCCCAGCGUGGUUCAGGUAGGCAUAGUGAGACUCGGAAACCAGUCGGAACGGGCAGCAGUGCGGGAUAG